AUGGUGGGAGGAGCUUAUGUCAGACCGGACGAGAUCUGGACACUGAACCUCACUAACGCCGUGUACUACCAGUUCAUCGGCGAAGAUGCGAGUGUGCUCGGCACGGUGCAAGCUCUCGAGCAGCUGAAGCUUGUGGGCUGCGAGCUUGCUACGCAGAAGUGGGUCGACAAUCAUUGGCGCCUCAUCCUUUGGAAGAUUGCUGGGCAGGUAAUGGCACAACCCAAGCUCUUCGACCAGAAAUGGAAUUGGUACGAGGUGCUGUGCCAGCUGAGGUAUCGAUAUGAGCGCGAGUAUGGAGCGGCGCAGCGGCCUAUUGUCCGUCGAAUCCAGGAGCACGACUCGUCGCCGAGCUUGCCCAUGAUCCUGUGCGUCGCUGCCAUCCACCGACCGGAACCCGUGUCGGAUGAGGGCGAUGAAGCUGUCGCGCAGAAGCCGCAUCUCGACUUGACCGAUGGGUGGUAUGUCGUGCGCGCUUUGCUAGAUGACUGCCUCACGCGGGCACUUGACAAAGGCAAGAUCCGCGUGGGGCGCAAGCUUGGUCUCUCUGGUGCGAGGCUCGAGUCUGGUGCUGACGGCGCCGACGUGCUUGAAGCGUACAACAAAUCGCAUCUUGUGCUUUCCGGCAACUCCACACACCUGGCCAAAUGGGAUGCCCGACUGGGUCUGCAGCGCCUGCCAUUUGUGGCCGGUCUGUCCAGCUUGUCCGUCGAUGGCGGGCUUAUCGUGUUAAUGGACAUUGUCCUUGACCGCGUUUAUCCCGUCGCCUACAUGAACAGCGAUCGAGCGUCGCGUGAGCCGCCGUGGAGCGAAGAUGAAGAGUUGCAGCGCUCUGACGCCUGGAGGGACAAGUAUGAGACUGAAAGAACGCGAUUACGGGAGGAGAUGCAGCGCAGCCUGGAGAAGGUCCAAGAGGUUGCCUCGAUCCUUGCAUCGCACGCCGAGGAUGUGGGUACAAUACCGCCCAGCUCCCCGCCAGACGUAGAAGCGGACUACGAUGCGCUCAUGGCGACCAGCAACAUCAUGGGAUUCGUGCGAGUGCUACCGUCCACCAAAAUCGUCCAUCUCGCGGCAUACGCGCGGCAGCGAGCUCUGGCUGAGAUCGAUGCUGGCCGUGCGGAGAUUGAGGCCCAGCUUUCAGCUGCGUGCCCGCCACGCUCGACUCGCAGCUUUUUGAUGGCUCGCGUGCGGGACGGCCGUGAGGGGAACAAGGAGCAAGCGCGCACAGGGAUGCUCAAUGUGUGGGAUGUCAAGGAGCUAGGGAGUGAGCUCAAGGAGGGGCAACGAUAUCUUGUGUCGAAUCUCAUCCCGGGCCGCAUGGGGGACUGGGCGCCGCCAAAGGCGGGAAAGAUUCGCGAAGUGUACCUCCACACGCGCCGUGACUCUCGGUGGCAGCCUGUCAGCAGCAAGUAG